UCAUGAGGAAAGGUGACUCUGUUUACACAGCCACUGGGAACGUGUGCCUACGAAGAACUUAGACUUUAUUUUUUCUUUUGCUAGGUGGACAAGAAGGAUUGAAAUAUCAACGUUUGCGUUUGGACAAAAAUGCAUCCGACUGUACUUUUGCUUGGGGGCGUUGUGGGUUUUCUGUGGAGCAGCUGGGUUCUGGUGGCUUGUGCAAAAGGGGGCUUGGGAGAAAACCAUGUCCACUCCAGUUUUAUUUAUAGAAGGCUCCGGAACCACGAGCGGCGGGAAAUACAGAGGGAGAUUCUGUCCAUCCUGGGCUUGCCACACAGACCCCGGCCUUUCUCCCCUGGCAAGCAGGCCUCCUCGGCGCCUCUCUUCAUGCUGGACCUGUACAACGCCAUGGCCAGCGAGGACAACCCCGAGGAGCUGGGGUACUCGGUGAGGGCGUCCCUGGCGGGGGAGAGCCGAGGGGCGAGGAGGGGCCCCCCGGCCUCUGCCGGCGGGUGCCCCGGCCACACACAGCUGGCUCGAGCAGCCCCGCUGACCACCCGGAGCCCCCCGCUGGCCAGCCUGCACGACACCAGCUUCCUGAACGACGCCGACAUGGUCAUGAGCUUGGUCAACCUAGUUGAACGAGACCGGGACUUCUCUCCCCAGCGGAGGCACUACAAGGAAUUUCGCUUCGACCUGACUCAGAUCCCGCCUGGGGAGGCGGUGACGGCUGCGGAAUUCCGGAUCUUCAAGGACAAGAGCCACGAGCGCUUUGCCAACGAGACCAUCCAGAUCAGCAUCUACCAGAUCAUCAAGGAGUACGCCAACAGGGAUGCUGAUUUGUUCCUGUUGGACACAAGAAGGGCCCAAGCUCUGGAUGUGGGUUGGCUUGUUUUUGACAUCACCAUGACCAGCAACCACUGGGUGAUUAAUCCACAAAACAACUUGGGGUUGCAGCUCUGUGCAGAAACGGGGGAAGGGCGCAGCAUCAACGUGAAGUCGGCGGGCCUGGUGGGGCGGCACGGGCCGCAGUCCAAGCAGCCCUUCAUGGUGGCCUUCUUCAAGGCCAGCGAGGUCCUGCUCCGCUCCGUGAGGGCCGCCGGCAGGCGCAAGCCGCAGAACCGCAGCAAGCCCGGCCCGCAGCCGGAGGCCCCGAGGACGCCCAGCGCGGGAGAUUAUAAUACAAGUGAACAGAAGCAAGCCUGCAAGAAGCACGAACUCUACGUGAGCUUCCGGGACUUGGGCUGGCAGGACUGGAUUAUCGCGCCAGAGGGAUAUGCGGCCUUUUACUGCGAUGGAGAAUGCUCCUUCCCGCUGAAUGCCCACAUGAAUGCUACCAAUCACGCCAUCGUGCAGACCCUGGUCCACCUCAUGUUUCCUGAGCACGUGCCCAAGCCUUGCUGUGCGCCAACCAAGCUGAACGCCAUCUCCGUGCUGUAUUUUGAUGACAGCUCCAACGUCAUUUUGAAAAAAUACAGAAAUAUGGUGGUACGUUCCUGUGGCUGCCACUAGAACCAGAUAAUUGCAGCAAUAACAAAAGAUCUGUAUUAAAGUUGAUGACUGCAAUAAAAAGCAGGCAAAGGGGAACUUCCUAAUGAUUUUCUGACUGAUUUCAUCCUUCUUUCCACAUACAGUGUAUCAUAUACAUAGUCAUUUUAUUUAUUUAAAGGUAUAUAGUGUAUGUAAAAAAAAUCUGUGUCACUAUAUUACAUAAUACAUCACCUACUCCUUUCCAUGUAUUAGACUGGGUCCAGUUUAAUUCAGUGUCAGCAUUUUUCCAAUACAAUUUUCAUAUUGUUUUGGAGAGUAAACAGCCCUUCCUUCCUUCCUUCCUUCCUUCCUUCCUUCCUUCCUUCCUUCCUUCCUUCCUUCCUUCCUUCCUUCCUUCCUUCCUUCCUUCCUUCCCUCCCUGUUUAGCAUUGUUGAACACGUUCGGUUACAUGGUGCCAGUGUAAAGUACAAUGGGAUACCUAUUUAGAAACAGUAAGUAACAAUCCAAACAAAAGCCCGCUUGGGUGAAUGCGACCUGGGUUUCAAGUUCUCCUCAGGGGGUG